GCAUCACUGUCUGGAUGUACCACUAUUCUAAAUCGACAAAAGGAUAGAAAAUGUAAAUUUCUUUAGCUUUUGUAGUUGAUGAAUAAUAUCUAUUAAAUGCACAAUUUACAAAGUAGUUCAAUAAUGACAAACAAUUAACACUAACUGUAUUAUUGUGUGUUUCGAAAUUACCGAGGUAUAUGAAGUUGGUAUAACGGUGAAGAUACAUUGUAUAUCUGAAUAUAUAACUUUUUCAUUACAAAAUUGCAUAGUAUCCUUAUUACAAAAAUGUACUUCCUUUUCUCUUUAAUAAUAUACACUAUCUAAAAUGAUUUCUUUAUUGUACUUCACCGUUACCGAAUCAGCUGUGGCGUAGCACUGCGUACAAAAAAGAAUAAAGUAGCAGUAGUAGGUAUCAAAUAUGUGAACACGUUUAUACGGAAUAAGAGAAAUUGUGAUAAAAAUAUAAUGAAAACUAAUUUUAUUAUGUUAACUGCUUAGAUAAAUAGAGCGACAUACUUUGUACAAAAACUUCCGCUUAUCGAACUUCAAUAACAUGCUGAACGGUGUCUAGGGUUAUGUUAUCUGAUGUUAUCUAAAAGUUGAUGUUUUUUUAAGUCUUUAUAACUACUUUCUACGACACUAAUCGUAAUUAAUGUCAAAAUUGGGUGAUCACUUUUUUGUUUAUACAAAAUUUCGCUACAAAUAACGAGUUUAACAUGUAACAUGCGCGAAUGUUUAUUCGCAGAAUAAAGUCACCGACACUUCUUGUCGUAAUCUUCGAUAUUUUUGAAAUAUUUACGAAUGUUCAUUACAUCUACAAUAUCGUGUAAAGUUUGUUAACAAUUUUUCAAGUGAAAUUGUGCAAUUCUCUAAGAAAGUUUUCUAGCGGAUGAAGCGUAUUCGUACGUUUUUUUCUCGUUUAAUGUAGAGAUCGGUAUACAUUUUUUCGUGGUAAAUUAAUUAUAAUAAUAAAUGUGCAAACAUGAGUAUGUUAAAUGAUUCUGUAAUAAUUUGCGACACAACGCCAAAAUCAAAUCUAAGAAAAAACCUCUUAGGAAGUAAAAAGUCACCAAAGGGUAGAAAAAGAAAGACCUUUUACGAGAGUCCAUUAAAGCAUAUUCAAUUAAGUACCAAAAGAUGGGAGCAAUUACAAAAACAAAGGAAAUUAAUGAACAAUACCAGGCAAGCUGUCAAGAAACAGAAACUCAACAGAAACUCCUUAAUGGAUGGAGGAUUUCAAGAUAGCAUAAUUAUUUUAAGCGAUAACGAAAGCGAAUCAAACAGUCCUAAUGAACAGAAUAAUCGUAACAAUAAUGUGAAGAAGAAAAAGAAACCUUUGGGAGAAUCAAGUGAAGACAAACAAACAAAAUCAAGAGGAUAUGGAGUAGAAAGUAGUUCAAAGAAGAGAAGAAAAAAGAGCUGUAGUAUAUCGGAUAAUAAUUCAUCUUGUCUUUUGAUAUCAGAUACAGAGGAUUAUGACAAUGUAGCAGUUAGGGUAGACAAUGAAAACAUAGCACCCUCAAAAUCUAUAAAUCAAGGUUCAGAUGAUAUUGUUGUAGUAUGGUCAUCUACAGAACCAUCUUCAUCUGAAAAUGAAUCGGAAGGAAACAAAAGUCAUGAAAAAGACCAAGACAAUGAAAAUGGUUACAGACUUUUCAUGGUAGACUAUAGUCCAAAUCCACAGAAUCUUAUUGAUAUAGAUUCCGAUGAAACAACAUCAGAGGAACCUAAACAGAAUAUUGAAAAUAAAGAAGAUCGAAUAAAGGAUUCCGAUUUACUUUUCAAUAAACCAGGAUUGAAAUUACCUAAAGCUCAUGAUAUAAGUGGAACAAUACUAAUAAAAAAACGAAAGUCAAUUUCGAAUAUGUUAUCAAAAUUAGAACAAAAAAGAUCGAAACUAUAUAGUACAAGAUCAGAAGUACCUAGUACCUCUACAGCAGUACCAUCGACAUCUCAACCACUCAAUAAAUCACAAAGUACAUCUCAACCAUUCAAUAAAUCACAAAGUAUAUCUCAACCAUUCAAUAAUUUACAAACUACAUCUGAACCAACUGUUAUAUGGGAGCCUCCACCUCAACUGUUCAAUAACUUACAAACUACGAUUGAACCAACCGUUGUAUUGGAAUCUACACCUCAACUGUUCAGUAACUUGCAAACUAUGACUGAUCUAGCCGUUAUGUGGGACCCUAUAUCUCAACCAUUCAAUAACUUGCAAACUGCGUUUCAACCAGCCAUUGGAUGGGACCCUACAUCUCAACUAUUCAAUAGCUUGCAAACUAUGUCUCAAGUAUCUACCAGAUGGAAACCUACACCUCAAUCAUUCAAUAACUUGCAAACUACAUCUCAACCAUCUAAUACAUCGCAAACUACGUCUAAGAAGCCCUAUAAAUUAAGGGAUAUAAUCGUUGAUGGGAAUAACGUAGCUAUGGCACACACAAAUAAUAAAGUAUUCUCGGAAGAGGGAUUGAAGUUAGUCAUUGAUUAUUUCAAAAAUAGAGGACAUAACGUGAAAGUAUUUAUACCUCACUAUAGAAGAUCAUUGGCAAACCCAUUACUUGAAAAAUGGUAUAAGGACGACAUAGUAAUUUUUACACCGAGCCGUUAUAUAGAGGGUAAAUGGAUAACUUCUUAUGAUGAUCGAUAUAUAUUGGAAUACGCGACUUUGACCAACGGUAUUGUAAUUUCCUUGGAUCAGUACAGAGAUUUAUAUCGAGAAAACCCAGCAUGGCGAGAUACGAUUGUAAAUCGCUUACUGCCUCCAACUUUCGUUGGAAAUUAUGUUAUGUUCCCUGAAGAUCCUUUAGGCAGAAACGGACCUACACUUGACGAGUUUCUAAGGUGUAAAUUGUAA